AAUAUUUGGAAUACAUGAAAACGGUUUCCUAUUACUUGACAUGCAAGUUUUGUUCAUCUUCAAAGAAAUUUCCAAACUUGUGCUUUCAUCCAUCGAUGUCCUCAAAUACCUCUAUCACUUCUUUCCCAACCCAUCAAUUCUUUUGGCUAAUUAGUAAUUACCCUUAAUUUUUUGGUCCUUCAAUGGAACGUGAAGAAGGCAAACAACCUCCCCAAAAAACCCCAUUACACAAUCAACAUGAGCAAGCUAAUUCUGACAACAAUUUUGUUCAAGAAAAUAACUUGCAAGAGCAAAGUGGGACAUUCACAACUUUUGCAUCAUUUGAAAGUGAAACUGAGGGUGAGUCCUCUUUUGAUGACAAUGAUUAUGAUGCUGAUUUUUUCCUGAGCCAAGAGUUCGAAUCAGAACUUCAAUUUCUUGAGAGUGAAGGAAGCAAUGACAACGGCGAUGAUUAUGAUAAUGAAGAUGACGAAGAUAUGGAAGAAGAUGAGAUCGAUGUAGAUGAAUUGACUUAUGAGGAAUUGAUUGAGUUGGGAGAUUUUAUAGGACAAGAGAAGAGAGGGUUGUCAGCACAUGAGAUCUGUUCAUGCUUGCAUUCUCACACUUUCCAUUCUGCUGAAAACAAAAGUGGAAUUGAUCGUUGUGUGAUUUGUCAGGUCGAAUAUGAAGAAGGUGAAUCUUUGGUGGCAAUUCAGUGUGAGCACCCUUAUCACACAGAUUGCAUAAGCAAGUGGCUCCAAAUUAAGAAGGUUUGCCCAAUAUGUAACAUCGAAAUUUCAGCUCCCAAGAUGUAAAAUGUUGGUGGCACGUGAAGGUGUCAAGGUGAGAAGGUUCGUUGCUGUUUCUUUGGAGGCUGUCAUGCCGUAACUUGCUAAAUUAAAGACUAUGUCUACGUAUGUAUCACACCUAGUUAUUUAUUUACUUAAAAGAAGGCUUUAGCCUAGCCGACACAGAACAUUCAGUGGACUUAUAGUAUAUAGAAUUAAUACAAGAUGAUACUUAAAAAUAUAUAAAUCAUGACAAAGAGGCAAAUUA